CAGCCUGCGAUUCAAAGAGCAAAAGAAGCAGGAGCUCAUGAGUGGCAGUGGAGGAGAAACAGAGAGAAAGGGGCAAUCUGGCAUAGCAGGAGGGCAGCCACAGCAUGUGUAGAAGGUAAAUAAGCAAUCACAGUAAAAUAAGGGGCAAUUUGACAGGAAAACGUCGGGUUGCUGCUGCUCUCCUGGUCUGGCUGGAUUUCUUGCAGAUGGGGACUGAAUGAAAUCCUCAUGAUCGUUACAUGCUUGUUCAAUAAUAGCACACCCCAGUCACGUCUCCUUGCAAGCACAUUUCGUUGGAAUCACUGAGCAGAAGCAAAGAAGAGCUGACGACUAUGUGUUUCCAACGCGGGUUGCCGGAGCCCUGUGUUUGCCAUUGGCUGCAGUUUUCUGGUUUAUUUGCAGCUUCCCCCAUCUGGAAUAUGAAAAUGGGAUUGAAGUAGAUAAUUGCUAGCAGCGGGUUUUCAAGAGAGGCUUAGAGGGAACAGAAUGCCUCUUGCACAGCACAGACUGCCUGCGCUGAAAGAGCUCAGAGAGAUGAUUUUAGAUGUUACCCACGUCUGAAUCUCCUGGAAACUUUACUGUGGAAGCAAGCCAUUGCGCACAAUCCUGGAGCUAAGAUCCAAAAGGGGCAAGGAAGGGGCAGCAGGGCCAAACAAUGGGGUACCUUGUCCUUGGAUUGCUCAGAGAAAAGCCAGCAAGCGUUCCUCUCCGCUUCCCAGCAGAAAGGGCAUGAAAGCGACGAUGAACUGAAUUUUAUCCAGCAGAGCUUCAGUGGCUUUUAAGAAGGAUGGGAUACACUGACCCUUCGUCAAGCAGGGAUUUGCUGGGAAACAGAACUUUGUUCUUCAUAUUCAUCUGCGCCUUUGCUGUGGUCACCUUGCUGCAGCAGAUCCUCUAUGGGAGAAACUAUCUCAAAAGAGGGCUGCAGUUUAGCUGGCAGAAUGGAGAGGAAUUGGCAAAUUGGACCGGCACCUUUAAUUUCACGGAUGACGGAGCAGUGAAGAGUGGCAGUGACACAGGCACCAGGUAUUUUGAAUUUUAUGAAGGGCCUUUGGAAUACAACUCUACAAAAUGCCUGGAAUUACGGCAGGACAUCAUUGAGGUGAAGGUUUUGUCUAUGGUGAAGCAGACUGAAUUGUUUGACAGAUGGAAAAGCCUACAGAUGUGCAAAUGGGAGAUGAAUGUCACAGAAGCUAAUUUAUUCAAGUCUACUUUGUCGAGGUGUUGCAAUGCCCCUGCCUUUCUGUUCACCACCCAGAAAAAUACUCCCUUGGGAACUAAACUGAAAUAUGAAGUGGAGACUAGUGGAAUCUUCCAUAUCAACCAAGAAAUCUUCAAAAUGUUUCCGAAGGAUAUGCCGUACCACCGCUCCCAGUUUAAGAAAUGUGCGGUGGUUGGGAACGGAGGAAUUCUGAAGAACAGCAGAUGUGGCCGGGAGAUUGACAGUGCAGACUUCGUGUUUCGAUGCAAUUUGCCUCCUAUAUCUGAGAAAUACUUUACGGACGUUGGGGUAAAGACGGAUGUCGUGACUGUCAAUCCCAGUAUAAUUACUGAAAGAUUUCACAAGCUGGAAAAAUGGAGGAAACCCUUCUAUGACGUGCUCCAGGUCUACGAGAACGCUUCCGUGCUGCUGCCAGCUUUCUACAACACUCGCAACACGGAUGUCUCAAUCCGGGUCAAAUAUGUCCUGGAUGAUUUUGAAUCUCAGCAAGCUGUUUAUUACUUUCAUCCCCAGUAUCUCAUAAAUGUCUCACGCUACUGGCUUGGCCAAGGGGUGCGGGCUAAGAGGAUUAGCACUGGACUGAUCCUAGUGACUGCUGCCCUGGAGCUCUGUGAAGAGGUCCACCUUUUUGGCUUUUGGGCCUUCCCCAUGAACCCCUCAGGGAUUUUUAUAACUCACCACUACUAUGACAAUGUGAAACCUCGCCCUGGUUUUCAUGCUAUGCCCUCAGAAAUCUUCAACUUCCUCCACAUGCACAGCAAGGGGAUCCUGCGGGUUCAUACAGGAACCUGCAGUUGCUGUUGACAGGGACACUUCUUCCUCUGACGCAAAAGUGUAACAGGAACUCGAUGCCUGUGUAUGGUGUAAGAGGUUUUCUUACACCCUGAGAUUAUGCAAUAAUUGUUUGAUAUAAAUUUCCUCAAGGCAUUGCAUCCCAUAAGAUCUAGGAAACCAACCUCUUUCCUGCUCGCAGAGUUGGGACUGUAACAGUGUGGGAGGAGCAAAACUCCUCUGUCACAGGGCAUACACUGCCCUGGAAAACAAGUCAGAUAAGAAGCACUUUUCCAAAAGGUUUAGGGAUAAACAGAGCACAUUAAUGUAGUUAUCAUUUCACUAUGAAAAAGAAACUUUUGAGGAGAAUCAGUGGUGGAGAAUUUUAGCAUAGACUGUAUGACUUUACAUAGGUUUCUGAAUUGAGUACCUUGGGGCAUUGCCAGAUUUUAGUGAAAGCACUCUGGCAUUUUUGAAAAUGUACUCUUUAGCAUUGUAGUUUUAAGGGCAAGUAUAUAACUUGAGGUCUUUGUUCUGUAAUGUCACAAAGUAUUGGUGAAAUAUAGCAGAUAGACAUGAUAGGAACAAACAAGAUCACUUUAUGAAAUUUUUCAGCCAGGAUAGAAGAGAAUGCUAAACUCCCAUUCACAGCAAUAGGUAACUGUGUUAAUCAUGGUGUGCAAUUGUUUUAGAGCUUCUUUCUUCUUCCUUCUUGUGUCUUGUAUUUCUGCUCUCCUCUGCGGAUCAUGUUUUCUUUCUCAUUGACUGUAAUGUUUUCCUUCUAGCCAACGCAUGAGCAAUGUGUGUACUUCCUCCUACAGUGACCAUCUCGGCUUCAGAUUGGAGUCCUUAUUGAAGAAACAUGCUUCUUCACACUUCUGCAAGCUUUUCUCAGGAUGAGUAGCAAGGAGAUAACAUAGUAAUAUUUUCUGAGUUGAUUUUUUAUUUCAAAUAGCACAGCGUAAGAUGGAAAAAGGCAUUUCCUCUUUGAUUUUUUUAAAGACUUUGUAAGGGUAUCCGAAUGUUGAUUCACUGUCGUGCAGGUCGAGUUAAACACUGUCAGGUAUCUGUGAUAAGUACUGGCAGGAAAUGAAGUUAGAAUACAGUGAAGAUACUUUGUGGCUUGGAUUAUGAUGCUUAUUUUAAAAUUAUGCAUUUCAAGAUGUCAGAUGGCUUAACGUGUCAUUUUUGUAUGUUGAGAAUGUUACGAAGAUAGUAAAAGGGCUGGUGUAUUCUUUAAAAAGUCACCUAUGUAACUCUGUCAGUUAUGCCAAGCUUAAUUUUUCAGCUGAUACAGUUAACAUGGCAAAUUCCUGAUGCAGAAAAGGUGCCACAUAUUGCUGGAGUUUAUUUUGUCUGCUUAACUGUGGCGUAGCAGGCUGCUGGUAUAUGCCCUUUCAUACUGGUAUGACUGCGAACACAGGAGGGUGAGGUUUGCUGUUUCAGCUGUGCUGGUGUAGUCAAAUGAACAGAGUUUGCUCACAUAAGUUCUUAGUCCGAAGCACUUGGGCUGCUGUCCAGUGCCUUGUCUUGUCUUACUUAGAUGACAAGAUCUUUGAUCAAAGAUUGGAGUUUUAAGUGCCAGUUCUAUAUGAGGGAUACUUUUUUUGGGAGGGGUGUGUGUGAGGGUUUAAAUCCAAAUCUGGACUUGGAUUUUGAUUUUGUAAUGCAUGAAUGCACAAAGCUUCUUUUAAAAGCUUCCGUGCUAUGCUGAGAGCUGUGAAAACUGCUCACACUACAGAUAAAGUGAUCAAAAAGGAAGUGAAGCACAAUGGUCACCAUUUCACAAGUCCCUACCGACCAGCAGUGACCUGGACAGUAUGUGAGAGUGUAUUUCCUUAACUUUACGCUAGACUCCAGAGGUCUGAUUACUUUAAAAGCAACUCAUGUCCUUGAUAAAGGUGUUAGAGUUUGCUUGGGAAAUACCAGCCAGGGGUAGGUGAAGGACCUGUGCUUAAGCUUUAUAUAUUUGUGUUGUUGUGCUUUUGGUCUUAGAGUUAUACUGUGUGUUAGUGAGCACCACCUCAUACUGACUAGCUGUGAAAUAUGCAGCACACUAAGAAUGAACUUGUAGAUGAAAUGGUUUCCUUGAUUUAAUAUGCAAAAGAGAUCUUUGUCUUUGCUGUGUUUUGUAAAUUUAUGUGCAAAGGGCUUUGAUAAUGAAGUGCUGUAAUGAAAGUGCUAUUUAGAGAGCAACGUGUCUCUGCGGGUUGGCCAUCUUGCUGUGCAUUAGCUUUAUAAGAGUAAUGACGCUGAAGCUGGUACCUAGAGCCCUUACCUUUUAUUCUGCCUGAGUAUGGGACUAGUAGUGACUUCAGUAUGGCUUUGCUGCUGCUACUUUGCUAAGGUUACCUUCUUUAGUAAGGGAUUUUUCUUUAGUAUGGUGAUUGAAGUGAACAAAAGCAACCGAAAGGAGUCUGAGUUGUUGCAAAAGAUACUUCAAAAAGAUGGGAAAGCACUAGAGAAGCAUCCAUAUGUCAGAAAGAAAUGGUGCAAAUCCCUCUUUUUAGUUGCAAAAAUCUUUUUGGACUUUUGGACAGACGAAAGGAUACGCAAAACUGUAAUUACAGUUAAUCAGUAAUUACAGGGUCACAGACAUUUCCUUUCCUUUGUUUGCUUCAUAUAAAUAAGCAACGUAAAUUCACCUAGAUAGACUAUACUGUAAUAAGUGCUGUUUUACUGUGUUUAGAUUUUGAUCAGUUAUAAAUCUAUAGCUACUAUAUUUUUUUAAUAAUUUUAAAAUGUGUGUGCAGGAUACUUGCACGUAUGCACCAAAGGCCCAGUCUUGCCACAUUUAUCUGAAAAAAGUCCCCAUUCAAGUGGAUGGGUAUUUUAUUUGUGUAGGGACUGCAGAAACAGGCCCAGACAUGUCUGUGAAGGUGUACAUAGGUGUGUAGUUACAUAAAAAGAGUGAUUUGCAAUCCAGAAAGAUACUUAAAGAAAUAUAUAUAAAAUAGUCCUUGAGGUGAAAUGCAUGUUGCAACGUAUUUACUUUCUGAUUCAUUUUUCAGGUGUUGCUCAAAAAAAAUGAUUGAAAAACAAUGGCAUUCAUCAGGAAUGCCAUAUGCAGAAGCGUUCAGAUCUCUUUAGGCCUCCUUACCU